UCGGACGAUAAUGCCGGAUGUUCAGUUAACAUUGGUCUGACAACCCUGGGAGAAAGGGAGAAAAUCUAUCUUUGAAAGAAAAGCAAAGCUCCUGGAUGGGGCUGUAGCACACUGGCAAUUCAAGUGGGCAACUCAGAUAAUUACGGAAGAUUACUUUCUGAGCUUCUGAGGACAGAGAAGCUCAGAAAGCACAGCAUGGGAAGAAAGUCAGUGUGCCUUCUAAUUGUGGGGGUCCUUGUAGCAUAUUAUGUGUAUAUGCCCCUCCCAGAUAAUGUGGAAGAGCCGUGGAAAUUGAUGCUUACCAAUGCACUGCUGAAAACUUCUCUUCAUCUGGGUAUGUUCAUUGAAAUUCUGGGGAUUUGUAAUUUUAUUGACAUAUUGGCGCUAACUGUGAGCAUUGCGGAAGUCUCACCAACUUCAGAUGAAGUGCUCUCUGUGACAGAAACCACAUUCAAUAACACUCCAGUUCGUAUAUAUGUGCCAAAGAGGAAGGCAGAUGCACGAAGAAGGGCUGUGUUUUAUAUCCAUGGUGGAGGCUGGUGUUUUGGAAGUGCUGCUUUACGUAAUUAUGAUCUGGUUUCACGAUGGACAGCAGAGAAACUUGAUGCCGUUGUCAUAUCAACUAACUACAGAUUAGCACCUAACCAUCACUUUCCAACCCAAUUUGAAGAUGUGUAUAAUGCUUUGAGGUGGUUCUUACUCGAAAAUAUUCUUGAAAAAUAUGGUGUGAACCCGGAGAGAAUCUGUGUUUCUGGAGACAGUUCCGGAGGGAAUCUAGCUGCUGCAGUGAUUCAACAGCUCUUAGAUAACCCAGAAGUCAAGAUCAAACUCAAGAUCCAGGCUUUACUUUAUCCUUCCCUUCAGUUUCUCGAUUUUGAAUCACCAUCAUAUCAGGAAUAUUCACAUAUGCCCCUGCUGUACAAGUCACUCAUGGUCAGAGUCACAAGUGAAUAUUUUACAACUGACAGAUCUCUUGAGAAAGCCAUGCUGUCCAACCAGCAUGUACCUGCAGAAUCCAGUCAUCUCUUUAAAUUUGUUAACUGGAGUUCCUUGCUCCCUGAAAGGUUUAGAAAAGGAUAUAUUUACAAAACUCCAACUUACGGUAGUUCUGAGUUAUCUCAAAAGUAUCCCGGGUUCCUCGACGUCAGAGCAUCCCCUCUGUUGGCAGAUGACAGUAAGUUGCGUGGUUUACCCUUGACCUAUGUCCUUACUGUUCAGUAUGAUAUCGUCAGAGAUGAUGGACUCAUGUAUGUCACCAGACUUCGGAACGCUGGAGUUCAAGUGACCCAUAACCAUGUGGAAGACGGAUUCCAUGGAGCUCUUGCAGUUCCUGAACUUAAAAUAACAUAUAGAGUUCUUGACCAGUACAUUGACUGGCUAAGGAAAAAUUUAUAAUAAAACAGACAUCAAUGGAUAUUUUAAAACUAUGCCAAAGCUCAAAUCCUAGGAAAAUCUACAUGGUAGAAAAGGGUUUGAUCUAGAAAGCGCUAUUGAAUAUUCAUAUAAAGUGUUAGAAUUUCAAGUUUCUUCUUUUUCUUUCUUACAUGUUGUGAACUUAUCCAAUAUUCAUUUUGUAAAUGUGCUAUUUCUGACAACUUGCUUCACGUAUUGUAAAUCUUGCUUUUGUAUCUUUGUCUUUGAGUACUUUUUUUGUGUGCUACCUACUGUUAACAAUUACAGGAAGAAAAAUGUAAGAAAACAUUGCCUAUCCGAGCAAUGUCACUAUUUGUAUCAAGAUACAUUUAUGAUUUCGAGUACUCUUUACCACUACUAUGACUUGAUUCUCAAAUUUUUCCAAAACUGUUUUCCUCAGUGCAGUGCCAGUUUAUUACUCUUGUACACCUCUGCUCACUGAAAUGUCAUUAAAAUCCCAGCAACUGCUGUCACGCUGUGAUGAUCACUGCAGCACUUUGAGGAAUUAGAAGUUUUGUGUGUGGGAAAAACAGGAAGUCUGAAGUUCAUUAAAUACCUGAAGAGGUUAGAAAGUAACUUAAUAAUAGACUUCAUAGGUUUCAGAAAUUGAAGUAGAUGAACUGCCAUUGAAAAUUCAGACAAAUUUACUCUGUGUAAAGCCCAUGUAGAUCCUGCAGAGAGGAAGGAAAGAUGUAUGGAUUAUGCUUUAAGAUCAGGCAGAAUAUUUAUUUUGCCCAUGAACGAUCUCAUGCUUGAACAUCAUGAGGAAACACAUCCACCAGUAAUAUCUCGUGGUGGAGCGGCUCUAUCCAUGUGACCAUAGGUUACCAAGUCAUGGCUCUCUUUGUAUUUCACUGCUGUUAGUAUCUGUUGUUAUGUUUGUACUCCUAACUAUUCUAUUUUUCAGUACCACUUGAAAAUGUUUAAGGUGGUGAUCUGAUUAUGAAAAAGAGCUACCCUUAAAGUCAUUCCAUUUCAUCAAAAUAUUGACAAUCUCAGUCUCUAAACACAUUAUGCUGCCACAUCUAGGAUCAUAUCAUAAGAUGUUUUUCAAAAUAGAAAUAUUGCAAUUGGGAAAAUAACAAUCUUAUACUAAGAAAUAUGACAAUAAUAAGCAGAUGGCAGAACAAAACUCUGAUAUCUACCAAUAACUCUUUACAUAUCUAUUCUGAAAUAAAUAUUCCCUUAGUAAGUAAACCAGUUGAGACUUAAUACUAAAUGUAAUGAGUGAGCAUAAAUAUUGUAUACAUACUCUUAAACUGAUUUUUUUAUAUUGUGAAAAUACCUAAAAUUGAUAAUUUUUUGCUUUUAAAUAAAUUGUAAAAUUAAUUCAUGGCUGGGGCUUGAUAUGGUUGCUUGUUAUCUUUCCUCAAAGGUAAGGAAAUGUGGCACUUACGUGGACACUGAGAAGCAAACAUCUUCUUGGUCAGAAAUAUAGGUGAUCAACUCUCAUCCAUAAUGUUAUUACAUUAAAUAAAUAUUUUCACGAUUAUUACACCCAGUGGAAUGUACUUAAAUUCAUUCCUACUUGGGGAGCUGAAGCAAGAGGAUUGCAAAUUCAAGCCCUGAUUGGACAACUCAAUGAGAUGCUGUCUCAAAAUAAGAAAUGAAAACCAUGUGCCAUUGCACCAGUUGAAUAAAUCUCCUAGAAACACACACACACACACACACACACACACACACACAGAGUCAUUUUAUUGAAGUUCACGUAUCUAACAUUUCAAAAAUUUGAACGGUUUAUUAAAGGGCUAACAUUUGAAAAUUAGCAUAGUAUUUUAUGAACUUGGGUGGCAGUUAUGAAAUAUCCAAGUGCGGCUAACGUUUUGGGGGAAAUACCCCAUCCAUUAAAACCAUGGACCAAGUCCACUUUCAGGUAUUUUAUCAAAAUGAAUUAAAACACAAUUCUACUAAAAACUUUAACACUUAAAUUCAUUUUAUCUUCAUGGGCAUGAAGAGUUGAUGGAGGAUUUUUUGUUUGUGUUUUCUUUCUCUUUGACUUAACAUCACUGAGAAGUAUUUGAGGACAAUUCCUUCUCUAUAUUUGCUUAUACCACAAGAUCUGGUGAUGAGGUGUAUUUUGUCCUGGUCUGCUUUUGCAGAGGAUUCCCACUCUCUACUGUGUUGUUCAGACAUGGUAAAUUAAAACCUGCAGGGGAAUCCAGACUGUAGCCACUUUUCAUAUUCUAGGCAAAAAAUUGUUCAUAAAUUAUAAAGAACUACUAUCAAAAAAGCAAUAAGACUUUGAUGAGGACUUGUGGGAGAAAGAAGAGUAAGAGGGGAAGAGGUGUCAUAUGUAUCAUGAUCAGUCAUAAAACAGCCUACGGUCCUCCAAGCCAGUGCCACCUACGUGUUCUGGAGUCACCUGCUGAGUCUCAGCUGCUCUGCCUAAGGUCUCUGAAGAUAUUAUCUUUGACUUCACUGUUAACCUCUCACUAUUACUCUCAUAAUCCCAGUGCUUAUGUAGAUAAAUCAUUUACCAAUCUCAACUCCUCGGUAUUGGGCAGGCUGUCAUUUAAUCACAUUGUUCUUGUCUUGAAUAAAAUGUUCUCAUUGUCAUCCCAUGCAGUGUGCCAAGAUCAAUAAAUGUGUAGCCUCUGUAAUUCCAA